UCCUGUGUGAUUCUCUCCAUGGCUCCAUGCACGACAGAGACAACAGUCCCAUGAUGAGGGCAGUGUUCAGGAGCACAGUCUGUAAAGUGUACCGGUUCCAGACCGAGUCUAGCAGGUGGAUGCUGGUGAGAGAACAGAUGAGCGAAAGCCCUCUGUCCUCCAGUCUACCCAAACAGCUUCUGUCCUGCUACAUACAAGAGGACAUGAGGAGGGUCCAGGAGCUUUGUGACCUGUGUGACCUUUCACCCUACUGGGAUCGGUUAAGGACUGAUGUUAUCGCCCACUACAGUCAGCUGAUCAGCACCUACCAGGAAACACUGACAGAACUCAACAAACUGACAGGCUCGUCCUGCUCCUUUAAGGCCAGCUGUAGUAAGAGUGACAGAUAUCUAGAGUUUAUACCUGUCAACCUGCACACACAGAGGAUGCAGGUUACCUGCUCACGGAGAACAGUAUGGUAUGAUGUUGUGACAGUAGGAGCACCAGCUGAUCACUACCAGGGGUUUAAACACGGUGGGCUACAGAGGCUGCUCAACAAACCAGACAGCGACAACAAGAGUGUUAGUGCAGCAUAUUGUUGUAUCUCCUACUCACCAGAGGAGAGCUCCAGAGCUAGGGAGGUACUGAGUAGUGUCUCCCAGCUCCAGCCUCUCAUCUCUGGGCUAACUGAGGAGCUGCUGCAGGCUACUUUGGAAGUCAACUCCCAAAGACUACGGAACAUACUGCACAGCCUGGCACACAGGACUGAACAUUUUGUUCACGCUCUGAAAGAUGAGCUGGUAAAGAACGCCCUGUUGGCUCUCCACACGGCAAGGCCUGCCUACCACCUCAGCAACGGACACGCCCAUGUAACCCACGGUAAUGGGACGGGUCCCAGGCUCUCCUCUGCCAAUCAGGACGGGUUACGGCCGUCGAUACGGCGACAGGAAUCCAUCCCCCAACACACGGAGUAUGACGAGGAAGAAGAGUGGGACAGGGUGUGGGCUAACGUUGCUAUGAGUCUGAACUGCAUCAUCGCCAUGGUGGACCGGCUCCAGGAGAGGGAGAACAGGAAACAGGAAGUGACCUCACAGACACAGAAUGAUGUCACCACCACCUCACACAACACUGACACUUCCCGCGCUCCUUGGCAGGCCUCUCUCGCCCCUCUUCCAGACCCGUCCCCUUCGUGGCAAGAACAACUCCUCCCUCUAGUUGUGACUCUGAAGGAGUGUGUGAGUGACGCGGUGGAGAGGGCCCGGUGUGCUAUGACCUUCGUCCUCCUACAGGGGGCAGCAGCAUCAGCCUGCCGCGGUCAGGCACUGACACACAGACGAGAUGCUGUCUUCAGCCAGGCACUGUGUGCGGUGGUGUGUGGGUUUGUAUUGAGGCUGUACUCGGGUCUGGAGGAUAAAGGCUUCCUGCUGCAGCUCUGUGAGGUUGGGCUCAUCACACAGUUUGAAGGACUGCUCAGCACCUACAGUGAUGAGGUGGGUAUGUUAGAGGAUAUGGAGAUGGGAGUAUCAGACCUGAAUAGAGUCUCCUUCAAAAUAACUGAAGCCAAAUCAGAGCAACCCACAGAUCUACUGCCCUCUGUCACUGGACUACGGGGUUGUUUUUGUGUGGAAGUCCCCUUGCCGUCGGAGAUGUUCCUGCUGUUACCAGGGGAACUGAGAGAUGGGCGGGACUUAAGAGUUCACCCGUUACUGUUUAACAUCGGCAUCAACCAGCAACAGAGUCUAGCCGAGAGGUUCGGAGACAGUUCUCUCCAAGAAAGGAUCAACCUCAGAAGCUGUGAGAUGUUGAAGUCCUACCACAAGACCCUGAGAGACAAACUACCCAACUUGA